CCCAACUCAUUAUAAAUACCUAUUUGGGGCUAGAUUAACAGCUCAACGGAAUCGGAGAAGGUGUUGCUUUAUACGGUGAUGAUUGAAUCUUCACCAUCUUGGAAGCGUAGAAGGUUCAUUGCUGUUUCUCCUAUGGAAUCAGAAUUGGCUAAGGGGAAGCUUGCUGCUGCUAGAGAAAAGUAUGGACGAGAUAUCCGAGUGUUUGAAACAUCUCUGGCUUCUGCAACCCCUUCAACUGUUUCUGAUACGGAAGAGGCAGAUGACUUUUACGAGUUCACGGCAGAGGAUUACUUCCGGGUUUUGUCUUCUAAAAAAGAAGAUAAACACUUGAAGACAAGAAAGAUCCGGGAAGCAGAGGAGGCUGCUAGAAGAUCAAGGAUACCAAAGCAAGCAGUGAUCAGAGUGCGUUUCCCUGACAAUUUUACACUAGAGGCCACGUUUCAUUCAUCCGAGACAAUUCAAACCUUAUUUGAUCUCCUGACCAAAGUGAUUGCUCGCCCUGAUUUACCGUUCUAUCUAUACACCACGCCUCCAAAGAAGCAAAUUAAGGAUUUUUCCCAGGACUUCUACUCUGCUGGCUUCGUACCUGGUGCAAUCGUGUACUUUGCAUAUGGGGUGCCCAAAGGUGAUGAUGGUGCAUACACGGGUCCCUCCCUUCAAGAAGAGGUUGUGUCGUUGAAAGGUCUGGAAUUUGUAGCACAAGAGGCGGCUCCUGAGCCAACACCUGUGGAAGCGGCUGCAACGAGUCCCUCUGUCGUUCCCGAGCAGACAGAACAAAAGCGGAGUGAGAAGAAGCAGGUGGGCAAGCCGAAGUGGUUGAAAAUGUGAGCCGUUUAGUGACCCUGUGAAUAUUUUAUAAAAAUUCAAAUCUACUGGUGUAUGAUGGGAUUUUGCUCUGAAAAUGUAAUGUUUGGUUAAAGAUCUUGUCUAUGAUUGAGAUUUGAAUAUAAUUAUUGGAAGUUGGACAAGGCAUUCUUGAUA